AUGGAUCGUGAUCCUACAGGUGGCUUUUUCGGCGCGUCUUUGCCGAUUGAUUAUGUACUAAAUCUCUCGAAUGACAUUAUACUUGCUUAUGAGAUGAACGGAGAACCACUUCCUCUGGAUCACGGUAGUCCUCUUCGUCUGAUUGUUCCCGGAGCGAUUGGAGCCCGUCAGGUGAAAUGGCUUUGCAAGAGCGUAGAUUUAUUUGCCACCGACUUGUGCAUGUACAUCCCCAGGUUUGUAUUCGAAUAA